ACAUUUGCGCUGAAAAUUGCGAGGGAUUAGCCGCAAAAAGUCAAUUGUCCGGAAAUUCAUGUUCCUGUUUUGCAAAUUGUUAUAUGGUCAGGUUUUGUAUGGAAUAAUGUUGAAUUUUUAAUUUGAAUUGUUGCCAUGAAACAACGAUUCAGUGUUAGCUCCAGACAUAUUAUGUACGUUCAAACAUUUUCUAGUGGCAUGAGCGUCGCAUUUUCUUGGAAUUCCUUUUGAUCAUGAUGUUGUUUUUUUAAUUUAUUAAAAUGUUUUUAAAAGUUAUGAAAUGUGAAUUGAUUUUAUUGCUGGCGUUUCAAUCAGUUUUUGCUGUAGUAAAUGUAAAAAUAAACAAUUUUGAAUUAGAGUAUUCUGUGACCUACGAAAAUUGGUGUAAAUCUGACAAAGACAGAUUUCAGUUUAUAAUUGGUAUAUCUAUCGGACAAUGUGUGGCAGAGUGCGGUGCACGGGGUCACUGCAGUUCUCUUAUCUAUAGAAGUCAAAUCAACGGAUGUGAGCUAUUUCUCACUUCAGAAACGGAACAAUCAAAUCCCGGCGAGUGUGUACAUGUGAAAAAGGACGACAUCAAAGUUAUAAAGAGUCCUUGUCAAGGAGAUUGUGAGCAUGGGGAGGUCUGUGAAUCAAUAAGUUCCAAAAGUGGAAAGUGUGAAAUAAAAGAGUGUAUCAACACAACGACCCCUGAAAAUGGUAAAGUUCUUGGUAAUCAAAGGGGAGUUGGUAAUAAGAUUCGUUACAUAUGCAAUCCCAGAUACGAACCAAAAAACGACGGCGUAGAACCUGUAGCUAAAUGUCUUAAUGACGCACAAUGGAGCCAUAUAACAGAAUGUGUAAAAACUAACUAUACUUGGGCCACGUGGUCACCAUGGAGCACAUGUAGUGUAAGUUGUAAUUCGGGAACUCAAAAAAGAUCGAGAGAGUGCUCUAUUCGUAUAGAAGGCAAUGGGGAAUCGACUUGUGAUCAAUCGGAUGUGCAAAAUGAGGAUACACAACAAUGUUAUGUGCGACCAUGCCCUACGCACGGAAAGAAUUGCUCAAGUGAUUUAAACUGUCUAGAAACAGAAGGUGUGUGCAUACAAGGAAAAUGUUUCUGUCCUCCACUAUUUGCAUAUAACAAUACAAUUAAAAACUGUACAAAAGUUUGCCAAACAAUUACAGGCAAUUAUACUAAAUUUAAAGGAAAAUGGAUUACCAAUUAUAACAUUGAUGAUGAGACGAAAUAUAAGAGCCGCCUGGAAGAAUGUAAAACAGCCUGUACCAAAAAUCCUAAAUGUUUAUCGUUCGAAAUAGACUCAGGAAAAGCGAGUGAGGCAACAUGUUAUAUGGGACUAGUAACAUUUGAUAUGAUACAUUCAGCUUAUCCCACACAGAUUAAUGAUGGGGACGGCUAUGAUCUGUAUUCCAAAACAUGCUCCUGACUUUCAUGUUUAGAUAUAGAGAAAAAUCAAAUCUGAAAAAAAGGUAUCUAAUAAAUAAAACGAAAUUUUUGUGGUUUGAAAUUAAACUUAAUUUUAAACAAAUACAUUGUAUUAAGUUAUAGGUUACUCAUAUAUCAAUUUAAAUGAUUGCAUACACAUUUAAAGUGGAUAGGACAAAAUCAAUGAACAACCAUUGAAUUAUUGCUUAAUUGUAAGAAUUAUAUAUAUAUUUAACAUAAAAUGCCUUACGUAUUCACAAACCUAUUUAGAUAUAG